AUGUCUCUCAGACUCUUCAUCACCGCUGCUCUCGGCGCAGUGCUAAGUGCUCGGCAGGUUGCUAGCGCAGCAGUGCCGCCAAGCAAAGCAGCCAUUGUUGACACCUUGAACGGGUCUUACUAUGGAACGUACAGCGAAAUGUACAGUCAGGACCUCUUUCUUGGCAUCCCUUAUGCACAGCCACCUCUCAAUAACUUGCGCUUCCGCCCCCCUCGCAGUCUCGACACGACCUGGUCAGGGCUUCGAAAUGCCACUGAGCUCGGAUACUCCUGCGUGGGUUACGGCGAAGAUACCGAGGUUGCAGCAAAGAACUACACGGGCGAAGAUUGUUUGUCCGUCAACAUCGCUCGCCCAGCUGGAAACUUCUCAAAGCCCUUGCCUGUGGCGGUCUGGAUCCAUGGAGGAGGCUGGACAACCGGCAGCAGUGCGACUAGUUGGUAUAAUAUGACCUACCUCGUUGAACGAUCCGUACAGAUGCAGCAGCCAAUCAUCGGUGUCGGCGUCAAUUACCGUCUAGCAGGUUGGGGUUGGCUUCAAUCAGACGAGAUUGUCGCGGAAGGCUCGACAAAUGUGGGACUGAGGGACCAAAGCAGGCUGGCUUUGCACUGGAUAAAGGAAAACAUCGCAGCGUUUGGUGGUGACCCCUCCAAGAUCACCAUCUUUGGAGAAAGUGCCGGGGCGGCCUCAGUUGGUGCACACAUGUUGGCGUAUAAUGGCCGUGACGAUGGGCUUUUCCACGCAGCUAUCGGACAGUCAGGAUCGGUAGCAGGCCUCGGCUCUUGGGACGCCACUGCAGAGAAAUCGGCACUUGCUACUGCAAAUAUCACGGAAACUGUUUGUCCCGAAGCCACCGACCAGCUUGCAUGUCUGCGCAAGGCAGAUUUUGAGACUUUAAACAACGCUAUCAGGGCCUCGUUGAAUGUCCCACAUGCGGGUGUUUUAUUUGGACCUAUAAUUGAUGGAGACAUCAUGGUUAGGUCUCGGGUCGAGCAACUACGCGAUGGCGACGUUGUGGAUGUCCCAUACCUGGUGGGAUCCAACAACGACGAAAUGUCCUAUUACACGCCUGUGAUUAACGAUGAGGCGGAGCUUCAUCAAUCUUUGAUCCAGGCACUAGGCUUGAACUUCACUCAAGCCAUCGAAGUCAUGUCACGAUACCCAUACUCGGACCCCGAGCUGGUCUCGCCGGAAGUCUCCAACGCGCGACUCAACUCCACCGUGGGAGUGGUGUAUAAGCGCGCAAAUACCAUUUUCACCGACGUCGUGUUCAAGGCUGCAACGCGCUACGGAGCGAGAUUGUGGGAGCAGCACAAGUCGAGCAAUACAUACAUCUACAACGCCAAUACUACCAUAACUAAGGGCCCCAACUAUUUUGGCGCCGCUCAUGGGUUCGAAUUGGCUUACAUGUUCUAUGACAUCAACGGAACAGGUUGGCAGGGAGACUCAGCUCCAUUCCUAGGCGGCAAUCCGUUCGAGGGAAGGACGCAACUUUAUCUUGAUCUCGCUGCUGUAAUGAGUGGUAUGUGGGUGGGAUUCAUGAACAACGGAGUUCCCCAUUAUGACGGGCAACCUGUGCCGGAGUGGCCCCCUUACAAGGGAGAGGAUCCUAUGAUUAUGAACUUUGAUGCCCAGACUGAUUGCUUGAACACGAAGCCUGUGAAGGAGGUUCGUGCAGCCCAGCAGGACUUUAUAAUCUCACAGCUGUAUUGA